AUGGAGCGGGCGGAGGCGGAGGUGGGGAUGGCCGGCAACGGCGACGCCGUCCACACGCCCCACUCGGCGCCGCCGACGGCGCCGUCGGCGCGGGUGUCGAUUUGGGAGUCGGUGCGCGCGUGCGGGGUGUGGGGCCGGGACGUCGACAAGGCCGAGCUGCGGCGCCGCGUCGUCAUGCCGCUCUACGCGCGCCGCGCCGUGGCCGCCGCCGUCGCCGAGAAGGACGAGGCCGCCGGCGUGGCGGCCGCCGCGGCGGCGAGGGACGAGGGAGGGGAAGACGGGGAGGAAGGAUUGGAGGUGGUGACGCCGAUGGUCGUGUUCGUCAACUCCAAGAGCGGCGGGCGCCACGGGCCCGAGCUCAAGGUGCGCCUGCACGAGCUCAUCAGCAAGGAGCAGGUCUUCGAUCUUUCUUCUGUGAAGCCUUCUGAUUUUGUUCGCUAUGGUUUGGGUUGUUUGGAGAGGUUGGCUGAUCAAGGUGAUAACUGUGCAAAGGACAUCCGUGCAAAUUUGAGGAUUAUGGUUGCUGGAGGUGAUGGCACUGUUGGUUGGGUACUUGGAUGUCUCCAAGAACUUAAUAAGUUGAAAAGGGAACCAGUUCCCCCCACAGGAAUCAUUCCACUUGGGACAGGAAACGACCUUGCUAGAUCAUUUGGAUGGGGUGGCUCUUUUCCCUUUGGCUGGCGUUCAGCUGUAAAGCGAUAUCUCAACAAGGCAGUGUCUGCUUCGGUCGUCCAUCUUGACAGUUGGCAGGCUGUGAUUAGGAUGCCAGAGGGAGAAAUAACAGAGUUGCCACAUGCACUUAAGAAAGCGGAACCUGCCGAUCAGCUGGAGUUCAGCAAGGCAAGUGGCAGUGAGUUAACAGAAAAAGCUUCUUGCUAUAAAGGAGUAUUCUACAACUACCUUAGCAUUGGGAUGGAUGCCCAAGUUGCAUAUGGCUUCCACCAUCUACGAGAUGAAAAGCCAUAUCUUGCUCAAGGACCAGUUGCAAAUAAGUUGAUUUAUGCUGGAUAUAGCUGCACGCAGGGAUGGUUCUGUACUCCUUGUACAGCAAGUCCUCAGCUAAGGGGACUUCGGAACAUUUUGCGGCUUUACAUUAAAAGGGCAAAUUGUUCUGAAUGGGAGCAAAUUCAAAUGCCUUCAAGUGUUAGAUCACUAGUGGUCUUAAAUCUGUACAACUACGGCAGUGGAAGGCAUCCAUGGGGUGAUCUUAAACCAGAUUAUCUUGAAAAGAAAGGUUUUGUUGAAGCUCAUUCAGAUGACGGUUUGAUUGAAAUAUUUGGUCUGAAAGAAGGUUGGCAUGCUUCAUUCGUUAUGGCUGAGCUUAUCAAAGCAAAGCACAUUGCUCAGGCUGCAGCUAUCAAGUUUGAAAUGAGGGGAGGCGAGUGGGAUCGAGCAUAUGUUCAAAUGGAUGGCGAGCCAUGGAAACAACCACUCAUCCAGGACCAGUCGACAAUUCUGGAAAUAAACAAGGUUCCCUAUCACUCCCGGAUGAUAAACGGGGAUUCAUGA